GAAAUAACCAAUUUAUUGAUUUAAAAUUCAAAAUUUGAUAUAGUUGUUAUUUCAUUUCUGACAUUUUGUAUUUUAUGGUUUUAGACCCUAGCGCGUCAAGUAGUUGAUUCGCGUACUAAAAACAGCGACUUUUAUAUCAAUUUAUGAUAAAAUUAACUUUUUUAUCGACAUAUUUUAGCCAUGUAGUUUGGAAAAUUAUCCUCCAUUUUAAGAGCGCUUGCCAAUUUGUUUAAUCGUCAACAACGUACAUUUUUAUUCCGCAAUCUUUUCAAUUUUUUACAUAAAUUUGAUCUCAUUCGAGUUGUUGACACAUUGAUGUUAUCUAUUUCUUCUUCAUAACGCGUUACUACAUAAUAAAUAUUUGUCAAAAAUCAAGUAUCGAUUCUUUAAAUGUUUGAUUAUAAUCACGGAAUGUAUAACCCUCUAUAAUUUGCGCAAUAUUAUCACAAUUGAUUAUACUGAGUUUUAUGCAUUGAAAAAUAUUCAUCUCAUAAACUGUAAAAGAAAGAAUCUUCAAGUGAAGUCAUCAACAUGAAUGCUAUUGAAACUUUGGAAGAACGAAUAAGUGAACUGGAAAAACGGAUUCACGGUGCAGUUACUCCAUCAAUUGAUGAUCCACUCCCAGAAACAUCGGUAAUUGACAAUAUACUUCAUGUUAAUACUCUUAUUUCAUCUGCAUUAUCCGGUCGAGAAAGAACAAGUGCAUUGGUUAAACGACUACCUCAGUUGAAUGAAUUGUUGGAUACUUCAUAUGAUGAUAAUGAUUUAAAUACCGAUGCUAAGUUAGAAGUUCUACUGACAGUUGAGGAUGAUGUGAAAAAGAAUUUCGAAUUAUUUAAUAAGCUCCAGGAAUUGAUGCCUUGUUUAGAAAUUGAUAAAAUUAAGAAUAUUCCUGAAUUAUCACCAAAAUUGGAGCAUCUGUCUGCGGAAUAUUUAAAGCUAUAUGAGGACAAUGGUAAACAUAAUGAACAUAUUUACCAAUACUUCUCCAAAUAUAAUGAAAUCAUCGACACCAUUACGAAGACAUUAAUUAGUUUAGAUAAUGCUGUUACAGCUGCAGAAAUAGCAGCUGCACCUCCAAAACGUUUAGAUAGAGAUAUUUAAGUUAAAAUAAUUAAUGAUUAGAUAAACUAAUAAUAAUAAUUUAUAAAUUAAAUAGGUCUACUUUUGUAGCAUUAAUCAAAUAAUAAUGGCGAUGGAUAUUUUUAUUAAUUAUAUAUUUAAUUUUCAUUCUUUCAUCAAAUAUCUAUAGAUUGAUGGACAAUCUUACAUAUGGGUAUAUCAUUUUUUUUAAUAACAUUUAAUUGAAGGUGAAAAAAUUAAUCUCUAAACAUCAAUUUAUUAUUCAAUAGUCUGGAUAUUUAUUUAAAAAAAAAACAUUUUAAAUCUUAUUGAACAAAUAGCUUUAUACAAUAUUUACACAUUCUUCUUAUGAGAAGAAUUUAAUAAGGAAGACAUAUAAGGAAUCAAUAUUUUUUUAACAGAUCAUUACAAUAAUAAUUAUGAUUUGACUUCAUAUUAAUUAAAAAAAAGCACAAAGCUUUAUUUUAAAUUCGCAUUUGGAGUGCAGGAACUGAAUGUUGUAACCAAGAGAUCACUGGAGUGAGACUUGAAUAAAUAGCAGGAUGAUCUCUUGAA